CUACUCUUUGUCUCCAGGCUUUUUCUUUUCUUUUCUUUCUUUCUUUUUUUCCUUUUUUUUUUCUUUCUAAUUUUUUUCUUUCACUUUCUCUUGUUUCUUGGUGAAACAAAACCCUAACUUCAUUCUCUAUCUCCUACAUACACACACUAUAUCUAUUUCAAUCAGAAGAUGAUGCAGCAGCAGCAGCAUCAGAGGAUAAGACAACAACAAGCACUGAUGCAGCAAUCCCUCUAUCACCCAGGUCUCUUAGCCCAUCCCCAGAUAGAGCCUAUCUUGAGUGGAAAUUUACCUCCUGGUUUUGAUUCAGCUACAUGUCGCAGUGUGUAUGUGGGGAACAUCCACCCACAGGUCACAGAACCCCUACUUCAAGAAAUUUUUUCAAGCACUGGUGCUCUUGAAGGAUGCAAGCUCAUUAGAAAAGAGAAUUCAUCAUAUGGGUUCGUUGAUUACUUUGAUCGGCGUUUUGCUGCUCUUGCUAUUGUGACACUUAAUGGAAGGCAUCUGUUUGGGCAGCCUAUUAAAGUUAAUUGGGCAUACGCAAGUAGCCAGAGAGAAGAUACAUCAGGCCACUUUAACAUAUUUGUUGGUGACCUUAGCCCUGAAGUUACUGAUGCCACAUUGUUUUCUUGCUUCUCUGUGUACACGACAUGCUCUGAUGCAAGGGUUAUGUGGGAUCAGAAAACUGGGCGAUCAAGGGGAUUUGGAUUUGUUUCAUUUCGUAACCAACAGGAUGCCCAGACUGCAAUCAAUGAUUUGAAUGGAAAGUGGCUUGGAAGUAGGCAAAUUCGAUGCAACUGGGCAGCAAAAGGUGGUGGAUCGGAUGACAAACCGAGGUCAGAUACCAAAAGUGUUGUUGAGUUGACAAAUGGAACAUCAGAUGAUGGUCAAGAAAAGACUAAUGAAGAUGCUCCAGAAAAUAAUCCUCAGUAUACAACUGUCUAUGUUGGCAAUCUGGCUCCAGAGGUUACGUCAGGUGAUCUCCAUUGUCAUUUCCACGCUCUUGGUGCUGGUGUUAUUGAAGAUGUCAGAAUUCAACGAGACAAAGGUUUUGGUUUCAUAAGAUACACUUCACACGCUGAAGCAGCUCGUGCUAUUCAAUUAGGAAAUGCCCGAUAUCUCUAUGGCAAGCCACUUAAGUGUUCAUGGGGUAGCAAACCCACGCCACCAGGAAGCAGCUCCACCCCUCUGCCACCACCAAUGGUGGCCGGAAAUAUGAUGGACGUUACAGCAUAUGAAAGACAAUUGGCUCUUGGUAAAAUGGCGGGUCUGAUGCAGAUGGGUGGUGGUGCUAGCAAUGGUGCAGUGUAUGAUGGUGGUUACCCAGGAAUUGGUGCUACACAGGCCCCUAUGUAUUACCAGUAAUAACACAAAGAUCAGAUAGGACGAUGCUCUGUUUUUUGUUUUCAAUGGUUUAAGAGAUUUUAUUAGAUUAAUGAUUGGGAU